GCGACAGCACGCAAUGGCAUUCAUUUCAAUACUUGUGUUUAUUUUCGGAAAUUGCUGCAUACUUCAAGGGUUCGGUUCGUAACGACAACAAAUGACGUGAAAUAAACAGGAAAAACUUUUUUGCAGUUCAUGGAUAACGAUAACGAUAAUGAUGAUGAUGAUGAUGAUGAUCAGCUGUGGCCCCAUUGCAAAAUAAUAAAUGGCAAAGCCGCUGUGGUGACGUUGGCAUUAUUAUUGUAUUUGUGUGUGUGUGUGUGUAUGUGUGUGUGUGUUUGUAGGUCACGUUGAAGUUGCCGGCUUGCCAUUUGUGUGCGUUCGUUUGUAUGUGUGUCCUGUGGAUGCGUGUGUACAAUGGCGAAAUUGCCUGUCAUGGGCUGCAGUAAUAACAACAGAAGCAAGUACAACAAAAACAACAAAAGAACAAGAAAAGAACAACGACAACAACAACAACAAUAAUAGCAAUGGCAAAAGUUUAAUGAGUUCAAGUUUUAUAAAUGAAAAGACAGGUGUCCUUGCAGCACAAAAAUCCCAAUCUCAGACGUAAACAGCACGCUACGCGCCACAGACGUUCACUUUGUGCUCUGUCGGCGGAGGCAUGAAACCAAAUGCAGACAACGACGACGACGAAGAUGGCGACGAACAAAAUCCCGAUCAUUUCGAAGGUGAUCCACGUCCACUGCCCUACGACUUUCAAAAGGAAUUAAUCGAAAACUCCAAUAGGCACAUACGCAUCUGUGAAGUCUUCGUGCCCUCGUCCAAAGUUUAUCCUAUCACUUCCAAGUUUUACGCCAAAUACGAGUCACAUGGCAAUCAGUUGCCGCAGCGCCAAAGGCAAAGCACCAGACUGUCGUCGGAAUAUCCGUUGUUGGAGUCGCAGGUUUAUGGCUGGAUGCCGCUGCAGUGUCGAGACGCCGCCAACUAUUUAAAUUGCAUACAUGCACCCAAGCGACGUUGUCGCAUGACAAUACACGGCGAACAAAUCAUAGCCGGACGAAUUACCGAGCGACCGCCAUUCAACGGCCUACAAUUCAUACUUCAUUAGGAACAACAACAAGAAAAAACCCAAUAUAUUUGCAGUAACGAUGUAGCCAGUGUGUCUGUUGUGUCUCGAAAAAUAUACUAAAACGUACCAACUAAUUACAUUUUGUUGGCGGUUACACUUCAAGUAAGACAUGGUAAUUU